CAGCAGCAGCAGCAGCCAGCAGCAGCAGCGACAGCAGCAGCAGCAGCAGCAGCAGCAGCAGCAGCAGCAGCAGCAGCAGCACCAGCAGCAGCAACCAGCAGCAACACCAACAGCAGCAGCAGCACUCCAGCAGCAGCUGACCAGCACAACCAACAGCAGCGCAGCAGCACCUUAGCAGCAGGCAGAGACAGCAGCAACAGCAUGGCAGCAGCAGCAGACCUACAGCAGCACACAACCAGCAGCAGCAGCAGCACGGCAGCAGCAGCAGUGGCGGCAUCCAACAGCAGCAGCAGCGGCAUCCGCUUUGUAGUAGCAGCAACCACCAUCAGCAGCAGCAGCAGUAGCCAGGCGCAACAGCCGCAGCAGCCAGCAGCAGCAGCAGCAGCAGCAGCAGCAGCAUCCAGCAGCAGUGGUGGCAUCGCAACAGCAGCAGCAGCAGCACCACCACGCAGCAGCAGCAGCAGCAGCUGUGCCAGCAGCCAGCAGCAGCAGAAAGUGGCAGCAGCGGCAGCAGCAGCAACCAGCACCACCAGCAGCAGCAGCAGCAGCUGUGGCAGCAGCAGAAAGCGGUGGCAUCCGUCCAGUAGUAGCACCACCACCACCAGCAGCAGCAGCAGCUGUGGUGGCAUCCGCUGUAGCAGUGGCAUCCGCUGUAGCAGCAGCAGCAGCAGCACCAGCAGCAGCAGCAGCAGCAGCAGCAGCAGCAGCAGCAGCAGCAGCA